AAACCAUCAAGCCUCCACGCGCUCCCAACAUCACAGCACGAGGGAGGGAGGAGCGAGGGCUGUUUACGUUGUCAUCCAGCCGCACCACGGGGACAACAGCUGUUUCGCGCUCGAGCCAGUAUCUGCCCGUCUCCGCUUUACGCACAGCCAUGAUUUUGACGCACAGGUGAACUUAUUUCGCCUCGACCACAACUCCGCGAGGAAAAGGAGCCCUUUCGUUCAAAACUGUCCUCCUCUGAACCGCUCGCAGCCGAACGGGUCGUCGCAGCCAUGUCCAGGAAGAAGGCGGCGAAAGGCAAAGGGAGCUCCAGGAGCCCCAAGGCGUCGCCGGGCGGCGGGAGGACGGCCAAAGGUCUGGCCGCCGCCGCCGCUCCGUCUUCCGGACUGGUUUAUCCCAGCAGACCGUCCAUCAGCAACAGCGGGGAGUUCUACGACAUCGCCUUCAAGGUGAUGCUGGUGGGGGAUUCUGGUGUUGGGAAGACCUGCCUGCUGGUUCGCUUCAAAGAUGGAGCCUUUCUAGCCGGCAGCUUCAUCUCCACUGUGGGCAUCGACUUCAGGAACAAAGUAAUGAGCAUUGAUGCGGUGAAGGUCAAACUCCAGAUCUGGGACACCGCUGGACAGGAGCGUUUCCGCAGCGUCACACAUGCUUACUACCGCGAUGCCAACGCUCUCCUCCUUCUCUAUGACGUCACCAACAAAGCGUCCUUCGACAACAUCCGGGAACGUGCUGAGGUGGUCCGUGUGUGGGAUGCAGGUACGUCUGGUUUGGCGAAGCCUUGGGAGGAGCUGGAAGGCGUUGGUGGGGAGAGGGAUGUCUUGGCAGCUUUGGGUGUCGGCAGUGCUGUAGUGGUAAAAUUAGAGGCCUGGCUGACAGAGAUCCACGAGUACGCCCAGCAGGACGUGGUCGUCAUGCUGCUGGGCAACAAGGUUGACUCCACACAUGACAGGAUGGUGAAGCGAGAGGAGGGAGAGAAACUGGCCAAGGAGUUCGGAGUGCCCUUCAUGGAGACGAGUUCUAAGUCUGGACUGAAUGUGGAUCUGGCCUUCACUGCAGUGGCCAAAGAACUGAAGCACAGGACCAUGAAGGAGCCCGAUGAGCCAAAGUUUCAGCUGCAGCAGUACGUCGACAAAGAAAUGAGGACUGCUGGCUGCUGUCGCUCGUAGAACAGAGAGGGAAGGAGAGACCCCCAUGCUCUCUCCUGACCCACCUGUCCUCUGCAACUGUGAAUGUAAUAUAACUUGGACACUUGCUUGCACAUACACAUGCAUGUACACACACGUGGUUAUGUUUUACGCCAACGUUACAGCUCGUUCAAUUCCUUUGUUUCCAUGGGUGUGAUGUACAUAUUUUAAAUGUGAUUUUCAUUUUGUGCCCUGCAGCUUUGUAGUUUGUAAACGGCUGUCUUAUUGGAACCUGAAGAAUGACACAAAGAUGUUAAAUAUAAAAUCAAUCUGAAAUGAAUAGAUCAUAUCUGUACAGAUAAACUAUUGCACCUAAUGUAAGCUACCAAGUGUUUGUGUACAGGAAGCGGUUUUAAUACUUGUGAACAAGUCAUACACAAAUGGAAUUUAUUUGGAGCUCUUUACCUUUUAUACACAGAUUGUUACAAUCAAAUUUAGAACUGUCAUGUGAAACAUUUUGACAUUAAGAUCCUCCCUCAGUCAUUUUAGACGAUAUUAAAAUGCAAAGAGACGGACCGUGUUGUACAGAUUCACCCUUUUUGAAUGUUAUCAGUCCAUGACAUCACCACGAGCAGCUGAGCAUCAUCAACAGUGUCCUGCUUCAGACGGACUCAAUGAGAAACUCACUUCUGCUGUUAGAUUUGAGUCAACCAUGAGAAGGUGAGACAACUAAAGUAUCACGCGUGAGAAAAGUACCCCUUACUCCUCCUGCUUCUUUAGGGGCUGAUAAUAUUCAAAGUGGAUCCAUGCUUCAUUUCAAGAAAUAAAAACAGGUUCUUUUGUUUCCUAGAAAUCACUUCUAGCAUCGUCAUGAAAACGGGAGAUAGAAGUACAGGAGACGAAUCAUUUAUUUUGGGAUCUUCUUUUAUAACCAACCGGGCUUGACAAAAAAGUCAUUGUUUAUCGUUCAUUUAUGAAUUUGGAAACAGAGCUUGGGUGGAACAAAUCCAUAUUUAAAGGCCACUUCCCGCAUGAUCUUUUUUGUAGCUCUGCAUCACAUUUGAAUGCUGACAAAAUAAAGAUAAAACAAACGAGAACAGCGACUAUGCAAAGUGCCAGUCUUGUCCAUUUCAAUCAAGAUCACAAAAUGACAAAAAGUGAGUAGUGUUUAGAGCCAUUGAAAGCGAGAGGAAGGGUUGAAUGCACAUGUGAUAGCUUACCUGUUUAGAGAUGCACUGAUCCUUCUCGGCUCUUUGCUGUCUUACGGCAUUCUACAGGCUUUUUCAUCCUCUUUAGUGUGACGUGUUUUAUUCCAUGCUUACAUUGAUAAUAUAAAUUGCAUCAAGAAAUAUUCAAAAUACAACCAAAUUUGCUUUCAAGGAGGGGUUACACUGAAUGAUGAUUUCAACUAUCAACCAGUAGUUAUUGAUUAGAGUAAACUUGUUAUCUGUAUCUUGUAUCUUCACUGAAAUGGUUUGUAUCAAUCUCCUGUGUUCCCAAAUAAAGAAUCAGUUAACCGUGAA